AUGGCCCGUACCAAGCAGACCGCGCGCAAGUCCACCGGUGGCAAGGCGCCCCGUAAGCAGCUCGCUUCCAAGCAGGCCACCAAGGCCGCACGCAAGACCGCUACCACUCCCGCUACCGGUGGUGUGAAGAAGCCUCACCGUUUCCGCCCGGGUACGGUUGCUCUCCGUGAGAUCCGUAGGUACCAGAAGAGCACGGAGCUGCUCAUCCGCAAGCUGCCGUUCCAGCGUCUGGUCCGUGAAAUUGCGCAGGACUUCAAGACCGACCUGCGCUUCCAGUCGUCCGCGGUCAUGGCUCUUCAGGAGGCUGCCGAGGCGUACCUCGUCUCGCUGUUCGAGGACACCAACCUGGCCGCCAUCCACGCCAAGCGUGUCACUAUCCAACCCAAGGACCUUGCCCUUGCCCGCCGCCUCCGUGGCGAGCGCACGUAG